GCUUCCCAUACCAUACUACUACUAUACUAUACAUUCUCAAACCAUCAUAUAUUCCCUAUAUGGCAAAAGAACACCCCAAUUCCAAGACCUCAACUAACAACAAACCUGCAGAAAAUAAGAACACACCAAACAAUUUUAAGAUGACCAUCCAAAACACCCAAAGAAGAAGAACAAAACCCGAAGAGCCGCCAUCACAACCGCCGCCGCAAACCGCCGCCUCCCCGCCUCACUUGUCAUCCUCAUGUCCUUCUGAUGAUGAGUUCUCCUUCACCAUCACCCUCCACCCUUCAUCCUCCACAAAAAUCCCCGCCCCUCCGGAUGAGGGAGCCAAAACCACCGCCAAGCCACCCACACCUUCCUUCACCGCACUCGAAGACGAUUUAUCUCCGGCGGAUGAGAUAUUCUUCCACGGCCACCUCCUCCCCCUCCGCCUCCUCUCCCACCUCCCCGUCUCCGCCCGCUCCUCGACCAACUCCAACGACAGUUUCACCCUUCCCGUAAAGGACUUCUUACAUGAUAAAAAUAAGAACUUGCCAAAACCAGCCAACACCCAAAUACCCAAAGAUCCAAAAGCACCCAAACCGGCGAAAUCCUCCGGCUUCUCCCUUUUCCGGCUACCGAAACGGAGAAAAGACCAGUCCGAUUGCCCAACCCUCAUUAAAGAAAUCAAUAUAGAAGUGAAAAGGAAAGAAGAGAAGGAAAAGCAAUGGAGGAAGCUGAGAUGGGAUGUAACCCAAGUCGUGAAGAGAUACAUGAGAAUGGUGAGACCACUCUUGUCGUCGUUCAAGAACGGCGGCGGCGGCGGGAUAAAGCGGGAACGGCGGAAGGUGGAAACCGCCGACCGGAAAGCGCAUUCGUUUUCUUCCGGGAGUAUAAGCGUGACGAGAGGGAUCAGCAGAAGUGAUAAUAAUAUCACGAGCAGAAGAUCGUCGGCGUUCAGCGGCGGGUUGAGAGGGGAGUAUUCUGCACCGGCAUCUACCAGAACGUCGCCCACCAACAGCGGCCUUCUGGUGGCGCAACCGCCGUCGAAGUCGACGGCGUCAAGUGAUAGCACGAUGGAAGAACUGCAUGCUGCUAUUCAAGCUGCUAUUGCUCAUUGCAAGAAUUCCAUCGCGGUUCAUGAAGAUCAGACAAAGCCAAAUGUUGCCGUGGCUUGAUUAUUAAUCAGAAACUACGGGUUAAAACAGGUACUUCGGCCGGCCGAUAUUAUGGCACGGUCCCGUGACUCCGAUCAAACUACGGUUCAGAAUAAAAGCUUGUCAUGAGAACCGAAGCCAUCCGGUCCGGCCGGCGAUAAGCAACGUACGUAGGCGAGCCGGAUAUUCCGGCAGAAAUUCAGGAGGAGAAAGACAACUAAGGAAUGAAGGUUUUUCCCGCCGAAUUCACGGUUGGUCGGUAGCAGUUGAGAGAGUGCUGUCAAUUUAGUGGUGACGGCCGGAUAAUGUUCAACUCUUUCCUAGCAAGUGAUGUACCUUCUAGCUAGCUUGAUAGUGAUUUUUCUAGUUCUUCUCAUAUUUCAUUAAUUAUUAGCAUCUUUAAUUUCUCUUGGGUAUUUUAUUAUUGGGAGUUGCGUAUAUAUAUGUACUACCUCCGUUCUCUUUUAGUUGCAACCCUGGACUUUUUGCACUAUUAACA